GACAUGUCUGGUCGGGGUAAACAAGGCGGCAAGGCUCGCGCAAAAGCCAAGACUCGCUCCUCUCGGGCGGGCCUGCAGUUCCCCGUCGGCCGAGUGCACCGCUUGCUGCGCAAGGGUAAUUACUCGGAACGCGUGGGCGCCGGUGCCCCGGUGUACCUGGCGGCCGUGCUGGAGUACCUGACGGCCGAGAUCCUGGAGCUGGCGGGCAACGCGGCCCGCGACAACAAGAAGACGCGCAUCAUCCCGCGCCACCUGCAGCUGGCCAUCCGCAAUGACGAGGAGCUCAACAAGCUUUUAGGGCGUGUAACGAUCGCGCAGGGCGGCGUCCUGCCCAACAUCCAGGCAGUGUUGCUGCCAAAGAAAACCGAGAGCCAUCAUAAGGCCAAGGGCAAGUAAAGCGUUUACACGACUUUGCACGUCGCUUUCCUCCAGCAUCAAGACUUCCCGUAACGUACAAAGGCUCUUUUAAGAGCCACCCACCUUUUCCAGUGAGAGAGCUGUCAUGCUAUAAUCCAUGUCAAAUGUUCGGAUAU